UGUACGCAGAAAUGUGGGGGGCAUAUGAAACAGACUCUCUGCAAUUUUCUCCCCGCGCAGAGGGCAUAUCCGUAAUUUGGAGCUAUGGCCAUUACCUUAAUGACAUGGAGUUAUAUCCUUCUUCCUACCACCAUAGGUACGCGAGAGCAAACUUCUCUUCGACCAGAAUCCGAUUGACAUGGAAUCGGAGACGACCUCGGUCUGCCACGUGGUGGCCUUGCCUUACCCCGGCCGAGGCCACAUCAACCCCAUGAUGAACCUCUGCAAGCUCCUCGUCUCCAAGAAGCCCGACAUCCUCGUCACCUUCGUCGUCACGGAGGAGUGGCUCGGCUUCCUCGGCCCUGAGCUGAAGCCGGCCAACGUCCGCUUCGCCACUGUCCCCAAUGUCGUACCGUCGGAGCUCCACCGAGCCGAGAACUUCAUCGCCUUCUUCGAAGCUGUCCUCACGAAGCUGGAGGCUCCGGUGGAGCAGCUGCUGGACAGGCUGGAGCUGCCGGUGUCGGCCAUUGUAGCGGACACGUACAUGGCGUGGGCCGUUGGGGCCGGCAAGCGGAGGAACAUCCCGGUGGCCACGCUGUGGACGAUGUCGGCGUCGGUGUUUGCAGUUUUCCAUCAUUUCGAGAUGCUUCAGCAGAAGGGCCAUUUUCCGGUCGACUUGUCAGAGAGGGGAGACGAGGAAGUUGACUACAUUCCAGGAGUCGCUAAGAUCCGCCUCGCAGAUCUUCCUGCGAUCUUGAACGAAAAUGGGCGCCGGGUAUUGGACGGAGUCCUGGAGUCCGUCGCCUGGGCCUCCAAGGCCGACUACUUCCUCUCCACCUCCUUCUACGAGCUCGAAUCCCCUGUAAUGGACGCCCUCCAAUCUCGACUCCCAGCGCCCGCCUAUUGCGUCGGCCCCACCAUCCCCUUCUUGGACGGCGAGGGAGCCGGCGACGUGGCUUAUCUCCGGUGGCUCGACUCUCAGCGUGGAGGGUCGGUCCUGUACGUCUCUUUCGGGAGCUUCCUCUCGGUGUCCAAGGCUCAGAUGGAGGAGAUGGUGGCCGGGGUGCGGGACAGCGGGGUGCGGUUCCUGUGGGUGGCGCGUGGGGAGACGUCGCUGAUCGGAAGCGCAUGCGCAGAGGACAUUGGCCUGGUGGUGCCCUGGUGCGAGCAGCUAAAGGUCUUGUGCCACCCUUCGGUGGGCGGGUUCUGGACCCACUGCGGGUGGAAUUCCACGCUGGAAGCCAUCUACGCUGGGGUCCCCAUGCUGACGUGUCCUAUAUUGAUGGACCAAGUUCCCAACGGCAAGCAGAUCGUGGAGGACUGGAAGAUCGGGUUGAGGUUCAAGAAGGAAUGCGGCGGCGGCAGCCACGACGGUGGUGUUGAGAAUAUGGUCACGCGGCAAGAAAUUGCACGGCUGGUGAGAAAGCUCAUGGAUGUGGAGAGCAGCGAGGGGCGAGAUAUGAGGAAGAGAGCAAGAGAGAUGCGAGAGUCAUGCAGGCGGGCCGCGGCGAGAGGCGGGUCAUCGGAUCGGAACUUGGAAGAAUUCAUCGGUGAUAUUUCGAGGGCCGAAUGAAUCCAAUUGAAUGAUUGAUAUGGUGGGGGUUAAGUUUGUUUUGUAUUUCCAAACAACUAUUUUAUUUUGUUCCACCACACGUCAGGUUUGAUUGAACAUACGUACA